AUGCCGAAGGGCGAACACCGCGGGAAUCUCUGCGCCCAGCAGCUGGCAGACACACUGCCUGUCGGCGUGGCGGUUGUGAACCCGCGCGACGAAAUUGUCUUCGUGAACCGGCGCUUCCACGACCUCACCGCGAGCCAUCUGCCCAGGGGCUUGGAUUGUCUAUCGCAAUCGAUACACGGCGACGACUACGACCAGAUCGCUGAAGCAUACCAUGUCGCUGUGCAGACGAAUACGGGGAUGCGCAGAGAAUACCGGGCGAUAGGAAAAACGGAGGAAUGGCGGGGUCUGUCGCUGACACCGCUGGACGAGGACGACGUGGAGCAGUUUGGGUUGAGCGAUCGCGGCGGGUUGAUCUGUAUGAUUCGCGACAUUACACCGGAGAAGACAGCGGAGCUAUUGCAGAGGAAGAUUGCGGAUGACGCGAAGCAGCGCAAGCAGCAGCAGGAGCGGUUCAUUGAUAUGAUUAGCCACGAGGUGCGCAAUCCACUGUCUGCGAUCUUGCACUGCGCGGAGGAUAUCAUGGAUGUGGUGCAGGACGAGGCACCGGACGACGCGAAGGAGCAGAUGGCCAGAAUUGCAGAGGCCGCGGAGACGAUCAACCUCUGCGUCGCGCAUCAGAAGAAAAUCAUUGACGAUGUGCUGAUUUAUUCAAAGUUGGAUGCCUCGAUGCUGACCCUGGCGCCGCAACAAGUCCAGCCGAGGACACAUUUGGCUACGUUGCUUACCAUGUUUCGGCCUGAGCUUCGCAAGCAGCAGAUCGAGUUCCAGUACCAGCUUGACGAGUCCUAUGCUGAUUGUGACCUUGACUGGGUGGUCGCAGAUCUCGACAAGAUGGGUCAGGUUUUGAUCAAUCUUGUGUCCAAUGCUAUCAAGUUCACGGCCGAGUCGCAGAGCGAAAGAAAAAUUCGAGUCUCCAUGGGAGCUGCCAGGGUGCGACCACCGUCAUACCCGCCGAAUGUUGUAUUCUUCGAGCCAAACGAAGCUGCUCUGAAGCUUGACUCUACUAGGGGACCUGAUUGGGGUGGCGGCCAGACGGCUUAUAUCAUGGUCGCUGUCAAGGAUACCGGCAUUGGAAUAAGCGACCAGCACCAGAAACUGUUAUUCGAGAGAUUCAAACAGGCAACUCCUCGAACAGAUCGAAUCUAUGGGGGAUACGGGCUGGGCCUUAAUAUCAGUCGGAGAUUGUGCCAUAUGCACGGCGGCGAGAUUGGCGUCAGCUCCAAGGAAGGCGAUGGAAGCACUUUCGGCUUCUUCUUCACUGUCCGUCGAUGUGUUGACACGCCUGAGAUCAGUGAAGAAGACAGGGAGUCUCCAGUUGAUGAGCUGUGCCAUCAGAUUAAGGAUCUGGACAGCAAAACUCCAGACGUCAAACGAGAUACCUCCAUGGCGGAUUUCCCUCAGGACCCGCCAGUAACGCAGGUCAACGAGGUCGCAAUGAGCACCAAAAGUGAUGACCGAAAGGAACAUUCAGCAGAAUUGGCCGCCGCAGUCGCUCGAGGCGACGGCCCGUCAAUGGCAACUCGGCGCGCCACCAACGUCGACGAAUUCUCGCCCCCGCAAGAGCCCAAGGCAAUAACUAACAUGUCCAAGCUAGAGGACCCUCGCCAUAUCCUGUUUGUCGAAGACAACGUCAUCAACCAACGGGUUCUCUCGCGCAAGCUGAAAAUCGCGGGCUUUGAGGUCACCACAGCGAAUAACGGACAAGAGGCGCUUGACGCGUGGAGGCGCGGUACGUUCGACUGUAUCCUCAUGGACCAGGAGAUGCCUGUAAUGGAUGGAAACUCGGCGACGCGAGAGAUACGAGCCCUCGAGAAGGACAAGGGGACGCGCAUUCCUAUCUUGGGGGUGACUGCAAACGUGCGACAAGACCAGCAGGCGGACAUGUUGGAUGCCGGUAUGGAUGGAAUCGUGCAUAAGCCGUACAAGAUGCUGGAGCUGUGUGACAAGAUCCGUGAUUCGAUCGGGGACACCGAGAAAGAAUAG